AUGAUGGAGGUGGGUUUGAACCCGGGGGAGGAGCUGGACUUCGGGGGCAACCAGGACGACGACGACGACGCGGGGGACAUCUCCCCCGCCAGCAAGGACCUGGCCGCCAUGGUCGAGGCGGCGGCCGCGGCGGAGACCGUCGAGCUUGACGACGGCGUCGGCGUCGGCGGCGCCGGUGUCGAGGCCACGGCGGCCGCCACCGCCGCCGCGUCGUCGUCGUUGUCACUGGCGGCGCAGUACGGGGACGACCGCACGCCGCGGGACGGGAUGGUGUUCAAGUCGUACGAGGAGGUGCUCAACUUCUACAAGCGCUACGCCCUGCGCACGGGCUUCGGCGUCUGCGUCAAGAAGUCCUCCUUCACCAAGGCCGGCCUCUGCCGCCGCCUCGUCCUCGUCUGCAACAAGUGGGGCACCGGCAAGGAGGACGCCUGCUACCAGGCCAGGCCCACCGCCAAGACCAACUGCCAGGCCACCGUCGUCGCCAGGCUCUGGGUGGACAACUUGCUGCACCUCACGGAUGUGAACCUCGAGCACAACCACGCGCUCAACCCGUCCGCCGCGCGCUUCCUCAGGUGCUACAAGACGCUGCCUAGCGGGCUGAGCAAAGAUCUCGUGGUGAGGGCUGCCAGAGGAGAAUGCUCGGCGGCCGGUGACAUCGAUGUCCCGAUAUUUGAUGAGUGGGGGCGGCUUAAGAUCGGGGAAGCUGAUGUCGUGGCCAUCAACAGUUUCUUCGCCGAGAUGCAGGCAAAGCUGCCAAACUCCUUCUAUGUCAUGGACUUAUAUGUGGAGGGCCAUCUGAGGAGUGUUCUCUGGGCUGAUUCCAGAUCCAGGGCAGCGUAUCAGUAUUUCAGCGAUGCUGUUUGGAUUGAUACGACAUGCUUAAGGAACAAGUAUCAAGUCCCACUCGUUUCAUUUCUGGGUGUUAAUCAUCAUGGUCAGCUUGUAUUGUUAGGCUGUGGAUUGCUGUCAGAUGAGAGUACAGAGAGCUUCUUGUGGCUGUUCAGGUCAUGGUUAACUUGUAUGAAGGAACGGCCUCCAAAUGCCAUAGUUACUGAUGAAUGUGUGGCGAUAAAAGCCGCAGUUCGAGAAGUGUUUCCAAAGACACGCCAUAGAAUAAGUGAUUGGCAUGUAGUGAGAAGUAUUUCAGAGAAAAUAGGUGACUUGCCAGAAUAUGAAGCGAUGAGAACCGAUUUGGUCACCGCAAUAUAUGAUUCUUCGAUCGACAGUGAGUUUGAGGCAAGGUGGAAGAACUGGGUUGAUAGAUUUGGCCUUCAGGAUAAUGCAUGGAUCGCCUUUCUGUAUGAGAAUCGGCACUUGUGGGCCCCUGCCUUCCUCAAGGACACCUUCUGGGCUGGGCUCUGUACCGUUAGCCAGCGUGAAAGUCCAAGUACAUUUUUUGAGGAUGCACUCAGUUCAGAGACCACAUUGGUGACGUUCCUUGCCAGCUACAUGACACUUUUGGAUAACAGAUACAAAAUGGAGCAACAAGAUGAUUUUGAUUCAUUAAAUAGCAGCAGGGUCCUGAUAUCAAAGUACCAAAUGGAAGAACAGCUAUCCAGAUUGUACACCUUGAAUAUGUUUAUGAAGUUCCAGGAUGAGCUAAAAGCAACCAUGCAUUGUCAGGUUCAGCUGGAUGGGUCAGCAUCUUCUUUUAUAGUUAUUGAUUUGACUGAAGCAGGGAGUGAAAUGCUGAAUAAAAAGUAUGAGGUUGUUCACUGUAUGGGGACAAACAGGAUGGAGUGUAACUGUGGCCUAUUUCAGUUUAGUGGUAUCGUUUGUCGGCAUGCAUUAUCUGUGCUUAAAUGGCAGCAAGUAUACGACAUCCCCCCGUGUUAUGUGCUUUACAGGUGGCGGGCUGACUUCAAGCAGUUGCACUACCCAGAUAAUCCACCAAAGGAUUUAGCAACAAGUAAUCACGUCGAGCGUUAUGAUUACAUUUCUUUGCAGUUUCUUCGUCUCGUUGAGAUUGGGAUGACAUCAGACGAGAAGUAUAGGCAUGCAGUUAGGCUUCUUAAAGACAUGAAAGAAACCCUUCUUGAUGAUAAUCUGUGCCGUGAUUUGGAGCAGAAACUUACACCAGCUGAGCGUGCAAUUGUGAAUGGUGACAACCAUACACAACCUGGUUCAUCUGAGGGCGGUCCAGCGAAAAAGCGGCGAGGCCGUCCUCCUAAAAAGAAUAAAGAGAUAAACGUGGAUUCCAUGGUAAACCAGUAUGGGAAUAAGGAGUCCUUACUAGUAUCCUCAGAUGUAACUCAGAAGGGUGCUUUUCAUUCUGCUUCAACUACCUCAAACCUUGGUACUCAUGUCCGGACACAUGGCAUUGUUGAUCUCAUGGAGGAAGUCCAUCCAAGUGAGCUGUCAUUUGAUAGCCGUUAUGGGGUGCAAUCUGGCCCCUCGCACCAUUUUGGUAACCAGCUAAAUGCAGGAAACACUUUGCAGAACAGGAAGGUCAUGAAAAUCUGCUUAAGAGCUCCAUUGGCAUAUAUAGUAUUUGUUAUUAGUAAAAGGGAAGCUUUAUGCGUUGAAGUAGAAAGUUUUCAUCUAAGCGGGAUCCCCGGUUUGGACUUUGGAGCACCGAGGACUUUAGGGAUGCUCCAUUGUGCCUGGAAUGUUGAGCCUUGGAAAUGCAUGCUGUAA